AUGACAAGUACAACUUCUGUACAAUUCACAGUGGGGAAACUUGAUGCUGGAAUGGCCAUCUUGUUGACCGAGGACCAUCACCUCAUAGAGUUUCCUUCACUAUUACUGCCACCUGGUGUCACCUCAGGCAGUAUAGUAAAUAUUGCAGUAAAUAGAAACUACGAACAGGAAGAAGCAAAACGAAGAGAGUUUUUGGAAUUACAAGAAGCGAUUCUAAAUGAAUUUGGGAAAAAUCCACCGGAGGCACCCAAAUUACACGUAAAACACAUUACACAGACAUCAGUAAUAUUGGAAUGGUCUCCAUUGGUACUAUAUAAAGCAAAAUUGAAGUCUUUGGAUAUUUAUAAAAAUGCGGUGAAAUUAAGCCAACAUGUACCUCCGGGAAUCAAUUUUAUCAAGCUAAGCGGUCUCGAAAUGGACACAGAAUACGAGUUUCAUAUUACGAUCAAAACAACAGCUGGAUCAUUCUUUUCGAAUAAAAUUCGCGUUCGAACGCACACGCUGGAAAAUCUUACCGGGAUUGUUGUUUGUUUCGGGGCGUUCUCAGAAAGUGAUGAUGGUGUACCAAAGAAAGAUGAAUUAAAAGAAAUUCUGAAAAGAAUUGGCGCGAGAUGGA